AUGUUUACUUCAAGAUCGAUUAGAACAGUGGCCAGAGCCUCCAGAAACUACUCCUCUGCCGCCGGCCCUGCCAAGGAAACCGAAAUCAACGUGCCAAAGAUCUUUGGGAUCGCUGCUCUUGCUGGUGUUUCCAUAUACAUCUACCGUAACACCAACUCUGAUGACCCCGCUAUCAAGACCACAUACUUCAAGCAAUUUGAACAAAGAAGAGCCAACAACAGAGACAACAUAAGAUUGGACAUUGACGAAAAGGCCCACGGAAGAAGCUACAUUUUCUCUCCAGGUACCCAACGCUCCACCUACAAGGACUUUAAGCCUAACUUGAACUACAACUUGAUUCCAAGACAUUCUCCAUGGGGUCCUCAAUUCGGCCAAGGUAUCAAGACAGACAAGCUUGGUCCUAGAAAGGAACGUCCUGUGAUGUUUGCUCCUGCCAAGACGGAUUAG